AUGCAGCAAGCACAUAUUGUGCUUAUUGUUUCUGGCGAUUUAUCCAAUGCUGAAAAAACUCAAAUAGAAAAUUACGAACAAAUAGAAACCAUCUUCACAUAUACCGUGUCAGCUGAUGGCAAGGAUGAAUUUCAUUCAAUCUAUGCUAAGAAAGAUUGUCGAAAUUACUUGAAUACACUUAUUCGAUUAUUGAAGCAAUUUUGGUUCUUCUUAGGCCUAUUGAUUGUAAUGACAUGUGCCUAUGCAUAUCCUCCAUUGGCAAGAUCCGGUGGACCGAUUCGUGCCGAAUAUACCAUUGGAUGGGGUUGCGUCAUCAUCAUUUUUCUACUUAGCGGUCUUGGAUUAAAAACUAGCGAGCUUAAACAUGACAUAUUCUAUUUUCGUAUGCAUUUAUUUAUUCAACUUUUUAGCUUAGUUUUAAUUCCAUUCACAGUUUAUGGUAUUUGCCUAUUACUUGCUAAAUCAUCAAUGAAUAAGGUUCUAGUUGCUGGAAUCGUCAUAAUGUCUUGUACGUCAACAACAAUAUCUAGCAAUGUUGUGAUGACCAAAAACGCAGGCGGUAAUGAAUCUGGUGCUUUACUUGGACGUUUUACAACAGCCAUACGACGUUAA